CAUGAAACUGCAUUGAUUGAUCCCGUCUCGUGACCCAUGGAUUUCCCCGCAGUUUCCAUUCCAAUUUCCUCCAGUCUGUUUAUCCAUCUCUGACUCUAGAACCUCGUCCAUUCUUUCUCUCUCUUCUUUGCACUGCAUUUGCGACGGUCGGGUCUGGUCUUUUAUCGAUCCAUUCCUGGGUCUGCCGAUCGUCCCGUUUUCGAUCUCCGCAUUCGAACUGGCAGGAUCUCCGCGUCCAUCGCAAAACCAAUUAAACAUCCUCAAUCUCCUCCCUGGCUGGAGGAGUUUGUAAAUAGAAUACUUUCAUCGGCGGUUCUAUAAUCUGCGAAAUAUACGCUUUGACGCGGAGAUUUUCCUGUUCAUUCAUGAUGAUUCGCUCUGCGACAGCGCUGGUCUUGGCUGUGGCAGCUCUCGGCGCAAGGGGCUUUGCGAAAGAACACCAAGAGGAAUUGGCUCUUCUGCGACGAGCCUGUCCGGACUAUACCGACUAUGCAUCGGUAGGACAGUGGGUUUUGCCAUUUCUGUUGCGCGGCAUGUCCAUGUCGUUUGUACGCGGUACCUAACUCCCACCAGUGCCCCCUACAGCGAUGGGCCUCUGAGACUGCCCUUCCAACGACCCGCCACGGAAUGUCGCACAUUCUCUUCCCCGGCGGUUGAGAAGGUCAUUGAAGAUGUCACGUCGCGCAUGGUGGAUAAAGACCUCGCUCAGCUGUUCCGAAACGCCUUCCCCAACACCCUCGACACGACCAUCCGAUGGCACACGGACAAGA